AUGGUAUCAGAAGAAUUAACAACACUUGAACAACUUCAAACAAAUCUUCUUGAAUCUUAUCAAGAAGAAUUUCCUAAUGAUGAACCAACUAUAUGUGCAUUUGCACCUGGUCGAGUUAAUCUAAUUGGUGAACAUGUAGAUUAUGUUGAUGGAUUUGUUUUUCCUAUGGCUAUACCACUUGGUACAAUGAUUAUUGGAAAAGCAUUAGAUGAUUCGAUAACUAAUACAUGUUAUAUUCGAACAUUAUCAAAGGAUGUUGGUGAACCAAAAUCAAUUGAAAUUGAUUUAACAAAAGAAAUCUCACCAUUAAAAUCACCAAAAUGGGCUAAUUAUGUUGUUGGUGUACUUGCUCUUUUCUUGGAACGUAUGAAACCAACUAAAAAACAACCAUUUCGUAUAUUAAUUGCAACAACAGUACCUAUCGGUGGUGGUCUUAGUUCAUCAGCAUCAAUUGAAGUAGCAAUGUGCACAUUUCUUGAAUUACUUUAUAAAAAAUCUUUAACAAAUGGUCAACAAUUAUCGAAAGUUGACAAAGCUUUAUUAUGCUGUAAAGCUGAACAAGUAUAUGCAAAUGUACCAUGUGGUAUUAUGGAUCAAUAUACAGCAUGUAUGGCUGAAGCUAAUCAUGCUUUAUUAAUUGAUUGUCGAGAUAAUACAUCGAAAUCGAUUCCAAUGACAAAUAAGGAAGUAUGCGUUUUAGUAACAAAUUCAAAUGUAAAACAUGAAUUAGUUGCUGGAACAUAUGCUGAACGUGUUCGACAUUGUCAAGAAGCAGCUGAUAUUUUAGGUCAUAAGAAAUUACGUGAAGUAACAUCAAUUAAAGAACUUGAAAAUGUCCGUGAUAAAAUGUCACCAGUAAUUUAUAAGCGUGCACAUCAUGCUAUAACAGAGAUUAAACGAACGGAAGCUGGUGCGAAAGCAUUAAGUAAUAAUGAUUAUACUGAAUUUGGUCGUCUUAUGUAUGAAAGCCAUGAAUCUCUUCGUGAUGAUUUUGAAGUAUCAUGUGAAGAAUUAGAUCAACUUGUUUCAUUAGCACGUUCUGUUGAUGGUGUAUACGGUUCGCGAAUGACCGGUGGUGGAUUUGGUGGUUGUACAGUCACCUUAGUAGCGAAAUCCUCGGUUGAUAAAUGUAUUGAAACAAUUAAAAAAGGUUAUAAGGCUACAGCAAGUUUCUAUCAAUUUGUACCAAGUGAUGGAGCACGUGCAAUAGAUUUGAAAAAACAUCAAUAA